GUUUCCGCCUUAUUUCUGAACCGCGUCGAAUUGCUUUGUUAUCGUUUUUACGUAUCCAUCCGCAAGCAGCCACAUUAUAGAGCUGCCGUUAAUAAGAUAUGGAGUGGAGUGCUUAUUUAAAACAAAGUGUGGUUUAGGUUUAGAAACAAUAAUAUAUUUUUGGUAGAUAGAUAAAACAACACGUCCAUGCCUGAGUACGUACUAUGAGAGAACUUGUAUUUCGCAGGUAACAUUACGGGCUAGAAACAGAACAAAUAGGGAGUCUAACGAUAUAUUAUUGCGAUAGACUUUCAACGCUAAAACUGGGAAUUUAAGUUCAAAUCAGAUCCAACUAACCUACUGCUAUAACAGCCUCGCGAAUUUUAUGAUGACUGUCAUGAUGCUUUGAAAUGUCUUUUCAUAAAUAAGUGAACUUGAAAACUUACCUUGUGUUUCGCCACGACUUAGAACCUGGUCGUUUUUUAAUUCAAAACUUAUAACGUGCACAAAAUAUAAGAUUUUCCUUGGUCACAUCAGCACGAGGAAUAACGAAUAUGACGAGUGGUGAUUUUUCUCAGGUGACCCCCGCGAUCCAAUCCGGGUUUUUGGUCAAACCACAUGACACGAAUGCAAGAGUGGUGGAUAGGAAAUAGACAUUUUAUUUUAAAAGCUGUAAUGUGAAUGAACAUGCUAACCUCAUUUACAUAAAUACUCCGAAUUAUUAAUUCGAUAUAGCCUACACGCGUAACAAGUUUUCAUUAAUAUGCCUAAACAUGAAAUUAUAAAAGCAAGCGUUUCCCAACAGUAGGCUACUUCUCUAUUUUCCUGAACUCGCACUGCUGUAGCCACAAGACUGUGCUGCUGAAUGGCAAAUUGAGCUGUUGAAAUCAAUACCAAAUUUCUUUUUUUAGCCUUGAAAUAAUUAAGCAGUGUAUUUUAUAUACAUUGUUUGAGAAGUUAACGCGAUGAACAGCUGAAGUCAAAGACAUUUGACAACAUGGAAUAUGAAUUUGAACAUGCAGUAUGUCCAGCUCAUACACCUUAAGGGUUCCAUUUUUUCUGAAUUAAAAUAAUGUUGAAAAUUGCGUGGUGGACAGUUAUUUCAUAUAAAUCUGAUGUUUAUGGGAGGAGAAAUCCAAGUAGUAUUAGACAUGUUUGGCAAAGCAUCACUUUAAACAGAUUGUCACUAGAAUUCGUCCCUACAAUACAAGCUUUUUUUUCUGUUAUUUCUUAUAAUUUUCAUUCAGCAUUCACUGAAAACCCCCAAACAAAAUAUUAAAGGUUUUAUUUAACCUUUAUUUUUUAUUUUUUGUACAAAAUGAAAGUUUAUUAAAAUGCAAGUGUCUAGUGCUUUUGGAUAAUAUCUGAAGAGAGUGUUAACUGUCCUGUUGACCAUGCAGUUAUUCUUUAUUGUUAACAGGUAUUUUAAUUCUGUGCGUUGUAUGUAUGUGUUCUUUAUAAAUAUUUAAUAUGUGGAUUUAUUUUGCUCCAGCAUUCCAUAAGAGGGUGUAGAAAAUUGGUGGAUGGGUAUUUUGCAGCAUUGUUGAGAUAUUACUGCUUGCUUUGUUGUAAAGCAAGGACCCAAGAAUUUCACUAAACAGUACAUUUGUAUAUACAUUAAUGUAAUUUGUAAGAAUAAAGGGUUGCACUUUAUUUUACAGCCCUGUUCCCCAUGUACAUACUAUGUACAUAUUAUAGUAAUUACAAUAACUAUGUAAUAACUACUAACCCUGAACCUACCCCUAAACCUAACCCUACCCCAUGUAGAUACCUUGUAUUACCAGAACUUUCUUAGAUAAAUACACUGUAAGUACACUAUAAGUACAUUUAAGUACACAUACUGUUAAAUAAAGUGCAACCGAAUAAAGUCAUGCAAUUUGAUUAAACAGUUCUGAUUGUCAAUCAUACAGUUAAGCUGUUUUUGUCGCAAUAAGUCAAAUGCAUUCCUACGGGUUCUCCAUAUUAAAAGCUUGUUUGUAAGCAUCGACUUGAUUCAUUCACAUAUUUACAGAUCAUAUUUUUUUUUUUCAAAAGCAGUUUUCCCUCGUUGUUGAACUAUAUUUAAAAAUUGAUUCAGUAAUUUAAUUUGGGAAUGGGAAACAUUGAGUUUAUUGCACUUUAAACUAUAGGUAUGCCAUGGGCAUCCACGCUGUGGCCUCUGUCAAAGCAAGCAUGCAACUCAGCGUUUUGCAUUGACAGCUUUACCAAAGCAAUCCUUUGAAUAUGUGCAGCUACAGAACAGUCUACUCUUCAAACAAAAGGAGGACCAUUGACAUCAUGCAUACACAUAGUGAAAAGUCGGACACACCAGGGCCCCUGCCCUAACCAGUUCAAGUGUAUUUGUUUCAGGGACAGAGGAGGUAGCAUUUAAAGGAUUUUGCCACCAUCAACAAAAAAGGGCAACAGAGGUUGUCUAUUUCUCUUAAUAUCUCUCUCUCCCUCUCCACUCUCUCACUCCCUCUUUCCCCAGAGGAUAAGCAAAGAGGGAUUUGCCUCAGAAGCAACAAGUGCAUAUCUCCUUCCUGCAUUGUCACAGCGUGUGUCAGAAUGUACAGCUUUACGGGUGGAGGCCUGUUCUGUGCCAUUAUUGGGAACAUCCUGAUAGUGGUUUCCACAGCGACAGACUACUGGAUGCAGUAUCGCCUCUCGGGCAGCUAUGCCCACCAGGGCCUGUGGAGGUACUGCAUGGCCAACAAAUGCUACAUGCAGACAGCAAGUAUAGCAUACUGGAAUGCCACACGGGCGUUUAUGAUCCUAUCGGGAAUGGCAUGCUUUGCAGGCAUCAUGGCAGGCAUCCUCUCAUUUGCCCAUUUUUCCGCCUUUGAGAGAUUCAGUCGUUCCUUUGCAGCAGGAAUCAUGCUUUUCAUCUCCACAUUUUUUUUGCUGCUUGCUAUGGCGAUCUACACUGGCGUAACCCUAAGCUUCCUGGGCAAGCGUUUUGGAGACUGGCGCUUCUCCUGGUCCUACAUACUGGGAUGGGUGGCCAUGCUCAUGACCUUCAUUGCAGGGAUAUUCUACAUGUGUGCCCACAGAUUGUAUGAAUCCAGGAGAGUGGUUGGAAGUCGCUAACCUGAAGCAGAAAGUGUUGGCACAGAUAUCUUCAGAGGACCUUCAUCAGACCUUAAUGUUAUACCUUAAAACUCUAAACUGCAAAAAUACACAGACAAAUUAAUAGUUUAAAACAGCAUUAAAGGACUUUUUUACACAUGCACAUAUAUUUGUAUAAUUCUGCACAGAUAAAUAGACCAGUCUUGACAAAAGUUUAUUUCACUUUUCAUAUUUUCUUUUUUUCAAUAAA